UGGUGUGAUAUUUUCAUAAUACAACAGGAUUGGCGGAUUCUUUUUCGCUACUUUAACGCUUUAACUGUUGACAAGUUGUAGUGAAGUGCUGGAAAAGCCGAAUAUUACUCAUUAAAAAACUUCUGAUUUAACUUCUCCAUCAGCUGCAGGAAGUUUGUGGCGUCCCGAAAUGGCUGUAGACUGGAUUGGGUACAGUUAUGCUGCUCUAGUGUCAGUAGGCGGAAUCAUAGGAUAUCUGAAAGCAGGCAGCGUCACCUCUCUGGCUGCAGGGCUCCUGUUCGGCCUGCUGGCUGCAGUCGGUACUUAUCUGCCAUCUCAAAAUCCCAAGAAUGUCUGGCUUUCACUAGGCACCUCGGGGACUCUGACUGUGGUGAUGGGACUAAGAUUUCUCAACUCUUGGAAGUUCAUGCCAGCUGGUUUCAUGGCUUUAGCAAGUGGACUGAUGCUGGUGAAGAUCAUCAUUGGAAUGCAAAAGAGACCACAUAAGCUUUGAAAAAAUGUGUAAAUAUACAUUUUCUGUGUGUAUAUA